AUGUCAGACUUUAUGGAGUAUAAGCCAAUUCAUGCUGGAGGAAAAUAUGAGUAUAAGGAAUAUGGAAAGGCCUUCUCCAAGAAUUCACAGCUUAUUGAACAUGAAAAAAUUCGAAGCACAGAGAAGCUUUGUGAAUGUAAGAUAUGUGGAAAGGCCUUCUGCCAAUGCGCAAAGCUUGACCAACAUCAGAUAAUUCAUAGUACAGAAAAAGCAUGCAACAACUAUGAGAAAGACUUCCAGCAGAGCUCAGCACUUAUUCAACAUCAAACUGUUCAUUCUGGAGAGAAACCUUAUAAAUACAGUGAAUCUGAGAAAAUCUUCAGCACACAAUUUAUAGGACAUCAACGAAUUCAUACUGGGGAAAAGCCUUAUGAAUGUAUUGACUGUGGGAAGUCCUUUCAUCAUAGAACAGGACUUAUUGAACAUCAGAGAAUUCAUAGUGGGGAGAGAGCUUAUGAAUGCUAUGAAUGUGGGAAAGCCUUCUGCCAGAAACCAGGUCUUAUUCAGCAUCAGAGAAUUCAUACUGGAGAGAAACCUUAUGAAUGUAAGGAAUGUGGAAAGGCUUUCUGUAGGAAUUCACAGCUUACUGAACAUAAGAGAAUUCAUACUGGAGAGAAACCUUAUGAAUGCAGUGAAUGUGGAAAAGUUUUCCGACAACGCUCAAAGCUUACUAGACAUCAGAUAAUUCAUACUAGAGAGAAAAUUUACAUAUGUAGUGACUGUGGGAAAGCCUUCCACCAGAGUUCAGCACUUAUUCAGCAUCAGACAAUUCAUACUGGAGAAAAACCUUAUGAAUGUAAUGAAUGUGGAAAGGCCUUUAGCCUAAGCACACGAUUGUUUAUACAUCAGCGAAUUCAUACUGGAGAGAAACCUUAUGAAUGUAUCAACUGUGGGAAGGCCUUCCAUCAUAGAACAGGACUUACUGAGCAUCAGAGAAUUCAUACUGGAGAGAGAGCUUAUGAAUGUUAUGAAUGUGGUAAAGCCUUUUGCCAGAGAGCAGGGCUUACUCAACAUCAGAGAAUUCAUACUAGAGAGAAACCUUAUGAGUGUAAGGAAUGUGGGAAGACUUUUUGCCAGAGAAUAGGACUUACUCAACAUGAGAGAAUUCAUACUGGAGAGAAACCUUAUGAAUGUAAUGAAUGUGGAAAGGCCUUCCGAGUGAGAACACAGCUUACUCAGCAUCAGAUUAUUCAUACCGGAGAGAAACCUUAUGAAUGUAAUGAAUGUGGAAAGACUUUCUGCCAGAGCUCACAACUUACAAGACAUCAGAUAAUUCAUACUGGAGAGAAACCAUACGAAUGCAAUGAAUGUGGGAAGGCCUUCCGCCGAAGUGCAGGGCUUAAUCGACAUCAGACAAUUCAUACUGGAGAAAAGCCUUUUGAGUGUAAAGAAUGUGGGAAGGCCUUCCGCCUGAGCACAGCACUUACAGAACAUCAGAGAAUUCACACUGGAGAGAAGCCUUUUGAAUGUAAUGAAUGUGGAAAGGCCUUCCGUCUGAGCAUAGGACUUACUGAACAUCAGAGAAAUCAUACUGGCGAGAAACCAUUUGAAUGCAUUGAUUGUGGGAAGGCCUUUAGCCAGAGUACACAGCUUAAUCGACAUCAGAGAAUUCAUACUGGAGAAAAACCUUAUGAAUGUAAUGAAUGUGGGAAGGCCUUUGGCCAAAGAUCACAUCUUACUCAACAUCAGACAGUUCAUACGGGAGAGAAGCCUUACGAAUGUAAUGAGUGUGGAAAAGCCUUUAGUCGAAGCACAGGUCUUACUGGACAUCUGAGAAUUCAUACUGGAGAGAAACCUUAUGAAUGCAAUGAAUGUAGGAAGACCUUCCGCCUAAAGACAGGACUUGCCGAACAUCUGCGAAUUCAUACUGGAGAGAAACCAUAUCAAUGUAAUGAAUGUGGGAGUAACUUUCGCCUGAGCAAACAGCUUACUCAGCACUACAGAAUUCAUACUGGAGAGAUACCUUAUGAAGGUAAAGACUUAUGA